UGUGCUUUAAAGACAUUCCUGAAGAUGCCAAAACAUAACACGGUAUCCUGGAAUUCUAUGUUAGCAGCUUAUGUGCAAGCUGGGGAAGGAGAAUUUGCUUGUCGACUAUUCCUUGACAUGUUAGGCCAGGAUGUAAAACCAAGUGAGCUAACUUUUACAUACCUGCUUAGUGUUAGCGGGAACCUAUGUGCAGUCAAGCUCGGAAAACAGAUCCAUGCCCUUAUUUUUAAACUUGGAUGGGCUUCCCAUCUCUUUGUUGGUAAUGCUUUGAUCAAUAUGUACUUUAAGUUUGGCUCUGAGGAUGGUUUUCUGGCUUUUGAAAGUAUGGAAGAGCGAGAUCUGGUCACAUGGAAUAUUGUUUUGACUGGCUGUGGUGAGAAUGGGUUUGUUGAAGAUGCUAUCCAAAUUUUCCAGAAAAUGGAAGGUGAAGGAUUUGUUCCUGAUCAGGUUAGUUUUCUGGGGCUUCUUUGUGCUUGUGGCCGUGCAGGGUUAGUAGCUGAAGGGUUGGCCUACUUUAGUUCCAUGAUUCAGUAUUACCUGAUUGCACCCACAAUCUAUCACUACACUGCUCUGGUGGAUCUUCUCGGCAGAGCUGGGCGACUCUCUGAGGCUGAGUCCAUUAUUGACAAGAUGCCUUUUGAGCCAGAUGCCGUGAUUUUGGAAGUUCUUCUAGCUGCAUGUAGAAUCCACAAUAACAUCAAACUUGGCCAGAAAAUUGCAGGAAGACUUCUUCAGAUUGGUGGAAAGGUGUCAACCGCUUGUACAAGCUCUUGUGUUGGUUAAGAAAUGGGCAGAGUGUCAUGAUAAGG